UGCCCCUGCGGAUCGGAUCGACAAACGGUAGCGCACGUCCUCUUACGCUGCCGUCGACACCGCCAACUCCGGGACCAGGAACUGGGACGACUCCGAGGACGCAACAAUCUCCGGAAGCUACUGAACGAGCGCAAUGCAGCCGCCAAGGCAAUCAAGUUCAUCGAACUGACUCAGAUCCUUGGGCAAUUUCUGGAUCGAGACCUUAAUAGACAAAGCUGA